GCCCGCCUCGCGCGCUGGACGCUGGGCUUCUGCGACGAGCGCCUGGUGCCCUUCGAGCACCCCGAGAGCACGUUCGGGCUGUACCGGACGCACCUGCUCUCCAGACUGCCCGUCCCCGCCAGCCAGGUGCUCAGCAUCGACCCCGCGCUGCCGCUAGAGGCGGCGGCCGAGGACUACGCGACCAAGCUCAGACAGGCCCUGGGAGAUGACGCCAUUCCAGUGUUUGACCUGCUGAUCCUGGGCGUGGGCCCCGAUGGCCACACCUGCUCCCUCUUCCCCGGACACCCCCUCCUGCAAGAGCGAGACAGGAUUGUGGCCCCCAUCAGUGACUCCCCGAAGCCGCCGCCCCAGCGCGUGACCCUCACCCUGCCUGUGCUCAAUGCCGCACGGACCGUCGUCUUUGUGGCCACUGGGGAAGGCAAGGCUGCCGUCCUGAAGCGCAUCCUGGAGGAGACAGAGGAAAGCCCGCUCCCGGCCGCGCUGGUGCGGCCGCACACGGGGCAGCUCCGCUGGUUCCUGGACGAGUCGGCCGCACGCCUGCUGACGGUGCCCUUCGAGAAGCAUUCCGCUUUGUAGCGGCCAGACCCCAGGCCGGGCCCCUGCUGGGCCCACGGACCAUGGUGUGUGGGCCACCGGCAUUAAACGAAGCUCUGCCAAA